AUGGGAAAGGAGAAGACCCACGUAAACGUUGUCGUCAUUGGUCACGUCGACUCCGGCAAGUCGACUACUACCGGUCACUUGAUCUACAAGUGCGGUGGUAUCGAUAAGCGUACCAUCGAAAAAUUCGAGAAGGAAGCCGCCGAACUCGGCAAAGGUUCCUUCAAAUACGCAUGGGUACUUGACAAGCUCAAGGCCGAGCGUGAGCGUGGUAUCACCAUUGAUAUUGCACUCUGGAAAUUCGAGACUCCAAGAUACAUGGUUACCGUCAUUGAUGCUCCGGGUCACCGUGACUUCAUAAAAAACAUGAUUACCGGUACUUCCCAAGCUGACUGUGCCAUCCUCAUCAUUGCCGGAGGCACUGGUGAGUUCGAAGCUGGUAUCUCGAAGGAUGGACAAACUCGCGAGCACGCUCUGCUCGCCUUCACCCUUGGCGUGCGACAGCUAAUUGUCGCUGUUAACAAAAUGGACACAACCAAGUGGUCCGAGGACCGAUUCAACGAAAUCGUCAAGGAAACUUCGAACUUCAUCAAGAAGGUCGGUUACAACCCGAAGGCAGUCGCGUUUGUCCCGAUUUCUGGCUGGCACGGUGACAACAUGUUGGAGGAGUCUAGCAACAUGCCAUGGUACAAGGGCUGGACAAAGGAAACGAAGGCCGGUGUUGUCAAGGGCAAGACGCUUCUUGAUGCCAUUGAUGCCAUUGAACCGCCUGUUCGUCCUGAAAACAAGCCUCUCCGUCUUCCUCUGCAGGAUGUGUACAAGAUCGGUGGUAUCGGAACAGUCCCUGUAGGUCGUGUUGAGACUGGUAUCAUCAAGGCCGGCAUGGUCGUCAACUUCGCCCCGUCAAACGUCACUACCGAAGUCAAGUCGGUCGAAAUGCACCACGAGCAGCUCGUCCAGGGUGUUCCAGGUGACAACGUCGGCUUCAACGUGAAAAACGUCUCGGUCAAGGAAAUUCGUCGUGGCAACGUGGCGUCGGACUCUAAGAACGAUCCUGCGAAGGAGGCUGCUUCCUUCAAUGCCCAGGUCAUCAUCCUCAACCACCCUGGACAAAUUAGCGCUGGUUACGCACCCGUUCUGGAUUGCCACACUGCCCAUAUUGCCUGUAAAUUUGCAGAGCUCAUUGAAAAGAUUGACCGUCGUACGGGUAAGACGAUUGAGGCAGCACCAAAGUUCGUCAAGUCUUCCGAUGCAUGCAUUGCCAAGCUCGUUCCGUCGAAGCCAAUGUGCGUCGAGUCCUACAAUGAAUACCCUCCUCUGGGUCGUUUCGCCGUGCGUGACAUGAGGCAGACUGUUGCCGUCGGUGUCAUCAAGUCGGUUGAAAAGACCGAAAAGGGCACCGGCAAAGUGACAAAGGCUGCGGAGAAAGCUGCGAAGAAGAAGUAAAUAGAUGCAGAUGCGCGGAUUUAUUUUUUACCCUCCCGACCAUCUGUUUUUGUUUCAUUACAUCGCUCAUCAGUACUUAUACUCCUGCCAUCAACGCUGUGUUGUCACGAUCACCAAAUGUACGCUCACUAACGAAGACGUCUGCGACGAGGUGGAGACAUUAUAAAGUGCCUCUGUCGCAGUUUUGCUGAACCU